AUGGCCCACGAUCAUGGUCAGCAUGGCCAUGACAUGGGCGACAUGGACAUGGACAUGGAGGUCUUCUGCUUGGGCAACGGCACAGUGAUGCUGAACGGUUUUCAGGUGGCAAUAGGCCCUGGUCAGCCCUGUGCCAUGGCGCUUUUCCCUGGCUGGGUGCUGGACUCUGGCGCGAAGUACGUGGCCACAUGUGUGGGAGCCUUCAUGCUGCCGCUGGCCAUCGUCGGCUUCCAGAUGCUCCGGGAGAGGCUGCUGAGGCCCAAGACCCCACGUCCAGUUGUGGACCUCGCGGCAGCGCUGGUCUUCGGUGGCCAGAUGCUGUUUGCAUAUUGCGCGAUGCUUUUGGCAAUGCUCUACGAAAUUGUGAUUUUCAUUUGCAUCCUCCUGGGCUUUGUGGUUUCCGCUCUUUGCCUCCAGCGUCACAAACGUGCUGUACAGCAGGUGCCAGAGGUGGCCAGUACGCCCUGCUGCUCGCUGCCUCCUCCCACAUAG